GCCUGCUUCCUCGUGGUACGAUGACAUCAAGUCGCGUGUGUGGCGUAAGCCUUUGCUAGGAUUAUUUCCUGUAACAUUGCUAAAGAAGCAUUACACCAAGAAUACGAGAAGCCGAAGAAAUAUAAUAGACGAAGACAACAAUGCUCAAGCUCCUUCUAGCAGUUGUCGGAAUGGUAUACCUAUUUCUACUCAUGGCGCUCGGUAUCUGGGCAGCACGCAAGGUGCACGGUAUUCAUCGAAAAGGGGACAAACUGAUAUACGACAGUUCUUAUGCAAGAAGACUAUUCCUGGCCGAUCCCGAAAUGAGCGCAGAGUUCGUCGUCCUCUCCAUGACAGCAACCUGGAUGAGCGCAGGAUUCCUCAACGGCACGAUUGCAGCUGUCUACAAGGACGGUAUCUUGUGGUGCCAAACACAUCUUGGAUUCGCGAUAAGCCUGGCAUUGGGAGGCCGAUUUUUCGUAUCAAAGAUUAAGAAUACUGACGAUCUGACGAUGAUGGACCCGUUCCAGAGGCACUUCGGGAAAUGGGUAGUGCUAUUUCUGGCUCUCCCGUGCAUCAUUGAAGAAUUUCUAUGGUCAGCGGUUAUAUUUCACGUCCUCGGAUCAUAUGCUCAAGUUCUGGUUGGGACAGACUGGAAAUUCGGCGUCUCCGUCGUAGCAGCAAUCACCGUGGUUAUCUACACUGCUCUAGGAGGGAUGUACGCCGUACUGUACACGGAUGCCAUCCAAUUCUUUACAACAGCUGUUGGAAUCUGGUUCUGUGCGUCCUCCAUUGUCGGCCAGGAUGCCGCGGCAAAAAUGAAAGUGAAUUUGAUGAGUGGUGCCGACUCAAACGGCAUUUGGGAGUACAUAGACACUUUACUGAUGUCAGCUUUUGGAGGCAUUCCUUGGCCAGUAUACAUACAACGGGUGUUGAGCUGCGGAACCGUAUCCCAAGCAAAGUUCAUGUCGUACGCGUCAGCUUGUGGGUGCGUAUUUCUGAUCAUUCCACCAGUCAUUAUCGGCGCCACUGCAAGAACGACAAAUUUUAUUCUCGUGGGACACAAAACUGAAACGCUACAAGGUGAUGACGCCGAAAAAGUCUUCGCGAUUUCCAUCGAACUAUUAGCACCUUAUGUUACUAAAUUCAUAGGCGUGAUCGUUAUCACCGCAGUUGUAACAACAGCUGUUGACGCGUCGAUGCUCAGUGUUUCUACGCUCCUCAGCCACAACCUCUACGCCAUGCUUGCUCGUCCAUCUGCAAGACCACCAGAAAUAAUCGCAGCCCUUCGAGUGUCCGUCGUCAUCUGUGCCGUCGCCUCCAUCAUGCUGUCUACGCUUAUAUCAUCUCCUCACUCGCUUUGGAGAUUCUCCUCGGAUUUGACUUACGUGCUGCUCUUCCCACAGUUCGUUGGCAUCUUUUACUUCCCUUCACUGUCCAAUUCGUACGGCUCGUUUGCUUCUUUCCUCAUUGGCCUGUCAAUACGCGUGCUGAUUGGCGAUGAGGCCGUUGGAAUUCCUGCAUUCAUUCCUCACCCUUUCGGCAGUAAAGAUGGCACGCAAAAUUUCCCUUACAGAACAAUCUGCAUGGCACUAUGCUUCAUCUUUCUUCUCAUCUGUUCUGGGCUAGCGAGGACGCUUUUCCACAACAAGAUACUUCCCAUGCAGUGUGACUUUUGUCAUUGCUUCUCCCAACCUAAGAAGGUUGGAGAACGUUCCAAAACUGACGAAACCCAAGCGGAAUCCAAGUCAAGUGUGAGCCCUGUCGAUUCGAAGGUUCCUCAGUCAACCACAGCCGCGAUAUUGACGAAGUAUUCCGCAUCGACAAAGACAGUGUCCGACAUUGAGCACACUUCGUCUAUAAGUUCAUUAUCCCCUGACCACAUCGUGAGAAAGAAUAGAAAUAAAUUGAAAGCAGAUUCUGAGCACCAUUCUCUCGAAUUAGUUGAUGAUCACCCGGAUCACACCAUGUCAUCGUUAACAUACUAUGCCCCAGCAAGUAUGUCAACAGGUCAACCUCCAAACCAGGGUUCUACAGCGCCAUCCUCAAUAGGGGCGACGCCUGUACCUACUCAGAAACUACUACAUGCAGUACCACCUAAAGUGCCCUUAUCAGUGCGACCGAAAAGGACGUCACCUGCAACAACUUUGAAAGCGUCUCCAACAGCGAAAAUGCCCCCCACGAUGACCCAGAUAAGAAAGUCACCUGCACGAAGUCCGAAAGUGUCGCCAACAGCGACUUCGACAAAGAUGCUUCUCAGAGUGACUCCGAACAAGACAUCGCCCGCGGCUACUCCGAAGAGGGCGUCUCCUACAGCGACUCCGAGCAAGACAUCACCUGCGGCGACAUCGAAAAAGGCGUUACCUACAGCGGCUCCGACAAAGACGUCAGUUACAGAUACUCCGAACCAGACAUCGCCCGUGUUGACUCCUGGGAGGGCGCCUCCUACAGCGACUCCCAAGAAGACAUCACCUGCUGAAACUCCGAAAAAGGCGUCACCUGCAACGACUCCGAAGGAGACAUCGCACGCGGCUACUCCGAAGAGGGCGUCUCCUACAGCGACUCCGAACAAGACAUCACCUGCAGCAACUCCGAAAAAGGUGUCACCUGCAGCGACUCCAACAAAGACGUUACUUACAGCGACACCGAACCAGACAUCGCCAGCGACGACUCCGAAGAGGGUGUCUCCUACAGCGACUCCGAACAAGGCUUCACCUGCAGUGACUCCGAAGUCGUCGUUACGAGUGGUGACACCACAAAUGUUAAAUACUCGUACUUCGAAAGCGUCCUCGGCGACGUCCUCACGGAAGGGGUCUUCGCAGCCAAAAACAGAAAAAGAACGGGAGAGUGGAAUGAAUUAUGAGAGCGUCUCGCAGGAGUUAAGAAGGAAACAAAAUGCCCCCAUGCGGCCUCCCGCAGAACUCGACAGUAGCAUACAAGAAAUGGGGACAAACGUACUCCAGGAGCAUAUCAGACGCUCCGCUAAGUAGCCACCUCCCUGUUGCUUUGAUGGUACGCCUGUGCCGUAGAAUCCGCACGACUUGACCGGUUGUUUCGUAAAUGUUUCGAAGAUUAUAAACUGUGUUAUAUGGUCCAUUAAAAGCAUCU